AUGACUGGGCAGAUUGAAAGAAUUGUACAGGUUUAUAAAACCUUGUCAAAAAUCCCAUCCAUACUUGGAGCACGACUAAAUAACUCUGGUACCAAAGUGUCAUCAAAAUGGUCAGUUAGAAACAUUGACAAAGGGAAAAAUAGCCAGUUCGCUGUUAAUUAUAUCCUUGAUGAAGACUUGAAGGUGGUUGCUGAAAGUGACUUUGGCAUAAACAUCAGUAAUGAAUUGCUCUCGGCUGUAUCACCAAAAGAGACAUAUAAAGCCAUAAUAAGGGAAGAAAAAAAUUGUAAAGAUAAUAAAUGCUUCUUAGAAGUGUGGUCUAAAAACUGCCUUGCACAUUCCAUAGAUUUAACAGCAUUGGAUAUACAUGGGAAUGUUUAUGCUGAUACUGAAUUUGGUAGUUUGGACUGGUCUCCGGAUGAAAAGAGUUUGAUAUACAUAGCUGAGCAGAAACCAAAGAAAUCUGAACCCUAUAUUAAGAGGAAACCAGCCGAUAAAGAAGCGAAUGGUGGUGGUGAUAAGAGAAUUACACCUGGUGAAGAAUAUAUUUACAAGCCAGAUUGGGGUGAACAGCUAGUUGGUAAGAAACGGUCAGUGGUAGUCAAAUGUGACCUCGAUACGGAAUCUCUCACUCUGCUCGAUGGAAUACCGGAAGACAUGUGCCCUGGACAGGUAAAAUUCACGCCCGACGGUCGUGCAGUCGUAGGUGUGGUCUGGCAGGUCUUUGACCCAAGUCGACUAGGACUUAUAUUUUGUACGAACAGACUAAGCCAUAUAUUCUACUUGAGCCUUGAUGGUGUUUAUCGUAGGUUAAGUAGACCUGAAGGCGCUGUCAGGUCUCCCAGACUGUCUCCAGAGGGGGACGUCGUGUGGCUCCAGCGAACACUUGGGGGGCCGCAUCAUGCCUGCCAUCAGAUCGUCAGGCUGAGGAAGAAUGACCUGGAUAGUGUAAUUGCAGAACAGAUUAAUGAAAGCAAAGAGGAAAUACUAUUGGAUAUAGUAGAGGACAAAAUGUAUAUUAAAAACGGGACAUUUUACGGCAUGUAUGGCCUAAGUUUACCCCUAAAAUGCUGGAGCAGGGGACGAUUGAUUUUCAGUACUCCAUGUCUCAAUGAGGUUAAUAGCUACGUAUUGGAUUUAGAAAGCAAGAUUAUAACGAAUAUCUCGCUUGUUCCUGCUGGUUCUACGUCAGUACUGUGCGUGGUGGACGACAAGGUUUUGGCGUCCUACUCCAAUGUCAAAACUCCGGGACAGUUGUAUAUCGCAAAAAUACCGGAACGCGGCUCGGAAAUGUCAAUACAGUGGGUUCGCGUGAGUGCACCAAACCCGGUUCCUGAGCUAAGCGAUGCUCAAGUUGAGUAUAUGAAUUUGGAGCAUCCUAAUUGCGAGGAUGACGUCAAAUCCUUCAACUGUAUAUUGGUAAGCAGCAGCGAGAAGCGCCCUCUGGUGGUUUGGCCUCACGGUGGACCUCAUUCAGCCUUCGUCAACGCAUAUUCUUUGGAAACUGCCUUUUUUCACUUACUAGGCUUUUCGAGCCUCCAAGUAAAUUAUCGCGGUUCAAUUGGUGCGGGAGACGCUUCCGUCAACUUUCUACCGAAACGUAUCGGGGCCGCCGAUGUUAUUGACUGCAAAUAUGCUACUGAUCAGGCGGUGAAGCAGUUCGCAAUAGAUGAGAAGCGACUGUGUUUGUAUGGCGGGUCGCAUGGUGGAUUUCUGGUAGCGCAUCUCAGCGGACAGUACCCGGGCGUUUAUAAGGCUGUGGUUGCCAGAAACCCUGUCAUUGAUUGCUCCUCUAUGGCUGGAGUCACGGAUAUACCUGAUUGGUGUUACGUAGAAGCUGGUUUAAAUUACCACGAGUCCGGUGAAGUGCUGGACAAAGAGAUUCUAGCGAUGCGCAGAUGUUCGCCCAUAGUCCACGCCCACAAGGUGAAAGCACCCACCGCUUUGAUGCUGGGUUCAAAUGAUAAACGGGUGCCGUGUUACCAAGGACUGGACUAUGCUAAAAGGUUGAAGGCUAAUGGAGUUAAUACGAGAGUAUAUAUGUACGAAGAUAAUCAUUCUUUGAGCAGCUUAAAUUCGGAAAUGGAUAAUCUCAUCAACGGUGCUGAUUGGUUCCUCACCCAUUUGAAGGAAUAA